AGCAAAGGAAAAUUGUUAAGUUGAUAAAAAGGUUGAUUUAUCACUUGGGGCGUUGCAUUCGGCGCAUUUCGAUCCGCAGCGAUGUUCACCGCCUUCACGGACUUGGCCCGCCUCUGCAGGAUCUGCCUGCGCCAGCUGCGCGACCGGGAAUCGCAGUGUCCCGAUCCCCGCCUGAUCGCGAUCCUCCAGAAGUUCCUCGACAUCGACCUUCUGCAGCAGCCGCAGGGCUUCCCCACGCAGAUCUGCAACCUGUGCCACCACGCGGUCUCCUACUUCGAGGAGCUGGGCCAGGUGGCCAGGGAAUCCAGCCGGACACUCAAUGAGUGGCAGCCCAAGGACAUUCCCGUCGACAGGGUGAAGGAGGAGCCGCUGGAGGAAUAUCUCAGUGAGGAUCUGCAGGAAAACCAACAGGAAGUGGAGGAGGAGGAGCAGGAAAGCCUGGAGGAUGGCCUACCCGAGGAGUUGCCGGAAAAGCAGGAUGAUCGGGAGGAGCAGGAGGAUCCGGAAUACCAGGAGGACUACCAGGACAGCCAGGGGCAGGUGGAUCAGCCCAGCGGGAACAAAAGACGCGCCGGCCUUGCCUGCGAUCAGUGCGGCAAGCAGGUGUACAAGCUGCCCUACCUCGAGGCCCACAUCCGCAGCGUCCACCAGGGCUACUCGAAGCCCUUCCUGUGCCGCAGCUGCGACAAGUGCUUCACCCGCUACGAGCAGCUGCGCUCCCACAUGCGCAACGCCCAUCCCCAGCUGGAGCAACUGCAGCAGGAGCUGCGCGAACUGAUCUGUGAGCUGUGCAACCGGCAGUAUAGCACGAAAAAUGCCCUGGGCGAGCAUCUCAAGCGGCAUGCGCAGCACAAGGAGCACGUGUGCGAACACUGUGGCGUGGCCAAGGUGACGAGGACGGAGCUGUUGACCCACCUGCGCACCCACAAUCCCACCUGGGAGCGCUUCAAGUGCGAGCAGUGUCCGCAGCUCUUCCGUCACAAGAGCGCCAUCAGUCGGCAUGUGCGCGUGGUGCACGAGGGUCAGCGGCGGUUCCAGUGCGGCCAUUGCGAGAAGAAGUUCGGCACCCACGCCUCGCAGGUGCGGCACGAGCGGCUGCACGCGGAAUCUUCGGGAGGAGGAGAUGCUGCCGGGGAGUGGCCAUUCGCCUGCAUGCACUGCCAGAAGCCAUGCGUUUCGCGGCAGAAUCUGGAGGUGCACCUGAGAAGGCACAGCGGGAGGAAGACUCACAGGAAGAGGCCAAAGGACCAGGAUCAGGAUGAGGAGGAUCAGGAUCUGGAGGCUGAGCAGGAGCAGCAGGAGCACAUGCGCAAGAAGAGGAAGCUUAGGAAGAGGCGUACGGAUCACUUGCUGGCUAACCAAACAAAUGAGCAGCAACAGGAGAGACAACAAGAUCAAGAGUUCCAGGCGGAGGAGCAGGAACUGAGCCAGGAUCUGCAGGAGGAAUGGCAGCACAAACAAGAGCAGGAGGAUCCCGAAUGGGAGCACAAAUUAGAGCAGGACACAGAGCCAGAAAAUGAUCUAAAAGUGGAGCAGUUAGACGACCACAUCCAUGACUAUACCUCAUGAUAAUCCACACCCAUUCAUCAUAUCAAUCCCCAAAAUAAUCAUUAAGAUCAUGCCUGAAUAUUCCACGAUGUACCACACUUUAGCAAAAUUUGUUAAAUCAUUUUUUUACUAAACAUUUUUUGACGCGCGUUUGCUAUUACAAUGUAUUAAAUAGUUUUUAUAUAGCCUGUUUACAUAAAUAUUCGAGAAUUA